CAACAGGACAACAAAAUGUGUGCAGUACAAGGAGAUGAAAAUCCUAAUAAUGAUCAUCCAGUCAAGAAUAUAACAACUUCAAGUGCUUACCAACAAUCAGUCAGUUUGACAAAGUUUAUCUGUAUCAACUCCCAAGAGAAUCUGUUUGUUAAGAGUUUUGUUAAUGAUCUUCAUGUACUACCUGAACCAUGCAAUUAUGGAAACCUACAACAAGAGGCCAUUUAUGGCAAAAUUGUCCUUGAUCUCUUAAUUAGAUCAGUUGCUGACUUUCUUCAAUUGAAAGAGGGUCUAACUCCAGAAAGAGCAGCCCCAAGGCAGGAUCUCGAAAAUUGCCAAUGAAGUAUUACACAGUGAAGGUUAAAGUUAAUGCAGAACAAUCUACCGAGUGUGGAUGUAAAAUGCAAUAAAUCACCUGGUCAGAAAAAAUAGACAUUUCAUCUGAACAAUAUCUGAGCUUGAGAGGGUGGAGCGUAUCAAGUUUCUUACGUGACAGCUUCAAUGUGAGACUCUAGGCAAUGUAAUAUUACAGCAUUUUGCCAUCGAUGUGUUUCCAAACUCCUACAUCAACAAGGACAAAACUGUCUAACUUUCCAACAACAACAUUCUGGUGAAAGAGGUCACUUGUCAAAGUUGUGAGUCAGUCUGAACAAUAAACAAAGCAUGAAACUAAAUUGUCUCUGACCAAUGUUCAGACUCAUGCCUUGGAACAGCUCUGUAAAGAACAGGCUAAUACUGCAAUAGAACAUGUUUCUUUUCAUUCCCAAGGAGAAUUUGAACAGUUGCCUGAGACUUUAAGAUGUCGAAGAAGCUGUUGCUCUUAGAUGUUGACUGUGGGGUUGAUGAUGCCCAAGCGAUCAUGAUGGCUCUUGCAGCUCCUAAUGUGCACGUCCUGGGUAUAACGUGUACUCAUGGAAAUACAAACAUUGAAAACGUGUGCAAAAAUGUACUUCGAGUGCUAAAGAUUUGCCAGAGGACAGAGAUUCCUGUAUAUCGUGGUGCAGGUGCAUCGAUUCUGGAAGAGCAGUUAAAUGCUGGCCAGCACCAUGGAAAAGAUGGUCUAGGUGAUGUUCCAGAUUGUAAUGCUCCAGGGCUGGAACACCUACAAGCUGAACAUGCAGUAAAUGCCAUCACAAGAAUAAUCACUGAACAUCCUGGUCAGGUCUCGCUUGUGGCUACUGGCCCCCUGACCAACAUUGCUCUGGCAUUUAAAAUGGACCGCACCUUUCCGUCGAAGUUAAAGCAUCUGUACAUCAUGGGAGGAAACAUGGAAAGCAGGGGGAAUACAGGGAUCUGUUCUGAGUUUAACUUUGCAGCAGAUCCUGAAGCAGCUUAUAUUGUCUUGAAUCACUUUGCUUGUCCCAUGUAUAUUGCAACUUGGGAAUAUUGUCUUCGCCAUGUACUGCCUUGGGAGUUUUUUAAGGAGUGGGUAAACCAAGGCACUGAGAAAGCUUGCUUCAUGAAGAAGAUAACAACACACAGUGAAAAAUUUACCAAAGACAAGCAAAGCAAAGGGGAGCUGUAUUUUCAUCCCGGCUUUGUGUCCUGUGAUUCUUUUGCAGUGGCAGCUGCUAUUGAUGAGAGUGUUGUUACUGAAUACAUACGAUAUGGAGUGAGCGUGGAGUUACAAGGUUCAGUGACCAGAGGGAUGAUGAUUGUGGAUACACUUAACUUACUGCAAAAAGAAAAUCAAGCUUUUAUUAUGACAAAAUGUGAUGUUGAGAAGUUAAAACAGCUCAUGAUGUCUGCUCUGAAGUAGCAGGCUAAAUAACACGGGCAAAAAGAAAAUUGAUCACAAACAUCAGUAGACUUUUUAGAGUGCAUAGUGUGAAUUUGCCUUUACUGUCAAGUGACUUUUCCUGUUUUCUAUCAAUUCACUAGAAUGUUUCUUUCACUUCUUCUUGGUUUUGCCACUCCCCUUAUCAUUUUCUCCUAAAAGCAUUGGGUAGGACUCACUGGGUUACAGGUGUCCUCAUCCGAGCUGUUCAUUUUCAUGUUUGACUGCAGGUGUUGAAUAUUGGCAGACCAGUGCUCAUGUUCACAGCUAACUCUGAUUCGCCCAAUGAAAUAACUCCACAGAGACCGGUAUCCCAUCACCAAGUCACCCUUUAUUUACAUGUGGAGAGUCCUUGACUCUGGCACAGCCUUGUCAGAGUCAGCACCCAGAGUGAACGGAAUCUCUGACACUCCUCUUUAUCUGUCAGCCAGGGCUCCACGAUAGGACCAGAUUAACAGCCCCAAUCAGGGAAACUCAUAUUCGAUAAGGUCCAGUUGGUUGACCUCAUUGCAAUCACUGCACCCAGUUUCUACAUAAGCAGUCGAUUCCCGGUUACAGCAGCAGAAAGCUUUGUUGAAUUUAUAUUGCUUUGCUAGAACAGUUAUCAUGUUUCUAAUAAACUAUCUCAACUCAGAGUAGAAAUGUGAUGUGCCACCUUGACUGACUUAAAGGGUAAAGACAGAUGGUAACCAAACACACUUUAUUCUUACACUAUAGUUGAAAGUCAACAAACGAAAGAAGAAAUCGGAAUAGCUUAACUCUAUUGGAAAACUUAACAGAAUAAUAGAUUAUUUAACUACUAAACAAUAACUGUUGCAAAAUAGAAACAUCUCAUAAACACACCCUUGGCAAAGGCAAAUUCGGUAAAAUAGAUUGUCUGACAGGCAGUUCUCCAGUCUAGGUGGAAAAAAAACAUCAAGCGAAACCUCUGAGAGAGAAAGAGUAGCAGGGAGAGAUGUUACUGCGGCCUCCAAGCACUGCUGCAAGACCACAGAAACAACUGCUACUGAAAAAAUAAAAUUAAAAAUCCUAGUUCUGUGGGAGGUUGUCUCUAUCAAUCAGGCUGCUUCUGUUCCAACUUUUAAAAAAAGCCCAAGGCCUCGCAAACUUUUUAUAAGAUCAAAGUAGACCAAUUGGCACCUCUGUCUCAACCCUUCUUCAUUAAAAAAAGGGCAUAUGUAUCUCUUAAAGCCAUAGUAUCGUCACACCUCUCCCCUUAAAAAAGUGACAUCAGGGUAAUCAGUGACCUCAGGUGAAAUAAAAGCAAUUAACAAGGGAGGCCAGAAAUACAGGCACUGCAACUGAAAUAAACAGGGCAGAAGAGAUGGCCAAAAAACAAAGUAUGCUGGAAAUUCCUGUGCCAAGACAAAGUUAAUAAUCACACAAUACCAGGUUACAGUCCAACAGGUUUAUUUGGAACCACUAGCUUUCGGACCACUGCUCCUUCAUCAGGUAGCU